AGAGAGAGAGAGAGAAUCUGACAGUGAUGGAGGGUUUGAGGAAAGGUGGUUCUGUAUGGUGGACGACGGUUUUGAUGGUGGUGGUGGGGAUGCUAACCUGCGCAGUGAGUCAGCCACCGCGGCGUCUCACGGUGGGAGGACGAGUGGGUUGGACAAAGGACUUCAACUACACAGAAUGGUCGAUUCAUAAGCAAUUUUACGUCGGCGAUUGGCUUUAUUUUGUGUUUGACAAGCGCUACUACAAUGUGCUGGAGGUAAACAAGACGAACUAUGAGAAAUGCAAUGACCAGAACUUCAUCACCAACAUUACAAGGGGCGGGAGGGAUGUGUUUGAGCUCAAACAAGUGAGGCCUUAUUACUUCCUCAGUAGCGGAGGCUACUGCUUUCACGGUAUGAAACUGGCCAUCAACGUGGAGGAGUAUGUACUUCCUCCGGCAGCUGCUCCAACCAUAAAUGGUGGUUAUAUGAACAAUGACAGCCAAAUAAUCCUAACCAUUGUGCUUGGGAUUACUUUGGCAUGUGCCUUACUUAUGAAAUUGUAUUAGCUGCUGAUUAUAAUAUCAUUCGAACAAUCAUAGAAAUGAUACCUUUGGUAUGUUUGUGUGUUUGUUUUUCUUCUGACUUUUGGUAUGUUUCUAUGUUUGUUUCUCUUCUGAUAGUGAAUCACAGGUAGUAAGAAUGGGUUAUUAUGUGAAAAAUUUAUUGGGUGAAUUGAAAGUUGUUGCUUAAAUAUAGUGAGAGCAUGAAAGUGUGACUCUUUCCUUUCUUGGUUGCUUGUAAAUUUAUAUCUGAUA